GGCGCCGUCAAACGUCAAUUACCACCUGUCAAUUAUCUCAAAAUUAUUAUUUACACGAAACAGGACGAAAAACAAAAUUUGCGUGGGUACGUCGUGGGCAAAAUUCUUCUCUCCAAACAAGUACUUACACUUUUAGAAAUGUCCUUAAUGUAAUUCUUCAAACGUCCACACAGAAAUUUCAAAAAUGAAAUACUUCUCGAUUUAUCUCCUCUUUCUAAUGCUCGAAUUCAACGUUUAUCUAACCAAAGACACAAAAAACUCCGUCAUCGACAACAUUUACGAUAUUAAAGACUUCAAAAAAAUCAUUCGUACGAAAACUAACGUUUUGGUGUGUUACACGAACUCGAUUAAGCAAGCAUCUCAGGUUAUUAAAGUAUUACGUGAGGCUGGCGAUGUUAUGAAGGGUCAAGGAACCAUGGUACUCAUGGAUUGUGCUGGCGAUGCGAAGAAGAUUUGUAAGAAGUUGAAAAUUAGCCCGGAUUCUUAUAUUCUUAAACACUACAAAAACGGGGAGUUUAAUCGGGACUAUGACCGCAAGUUUACAGUGAGUUCUAUGGUCAAUUUUAUGAGAGAUCCAACGGGCGACUUACCUUGGGAGGAAGACGCCACUGCUAGUGAUAUCACACACAUUCCAGACGCAGAGACUUUGGGUAAACUUAUAAAACAUGAAAGUAAGCCUUUAAUGGUUAUGUUUUAUGCACCGUGGUGCGGUUUUUGUAAAAGUUUGAAACCGGAGUAUAUAGCGGCUGCAAAGGAGCUGAAAGGACACUCAAUUCUAGCUGCCAUUGAUGUAAAUAAACCCGAAAAUGCGGUGAUUCGGACGCAGUACAACAUCACAGGGUUCCCCACUUUGUUAUAUUAUAAAAAUGGGGUUAUGAAAUAUCAGUAUGAAGGUGAUAAUAAGCGCCAAGCGUUAGUCACCUUCAUGAAAAACCCCUCAAAACCUGUGAAAGUCAAAGAACAAGAAUGGUCAGAGGUUGACAGUGAAGUUGUGCAUUUAACAACCACAAAUUUCGAUCCUGUGGUUAAAGAAGAAGCGUCUUUGUUAGUGAUGUUUUACGCCCCCUGGUGUGGCCACUGCAAGAAAAUUAAACCUGAGUAUGAAAAAGCCGCCGCUAAAUUAAAAUCAGAUGGGAUUCCAGGGAUGAUGGCGGCUGUAGAUGCCACCAAAGAAGUCACAAUUGCAGACCGGUUUUCCGUCAAGGGGUACCCCACCAUAAAAUAUUUUUCCUAUGGGGAACACAAGUUUGACAUAAACUUGCGCGAAUCGUCGAAAAUCGUCGAGUUUAUGAGAAACCCGAAAGAGCCGCCGCCGCCGCCGCCUCCAGAGAAACCAUGGUCGGAGGAGGAGAGUCACGUCGUACAUUUAUCAGAAGAAAACUUCAAAAGUUUCUUGAAGAAAAAGAGGCACGUUUUGGUGAUUUUUUACGCCCCGUGGUGCGGACACUGCAAAAAGGCCAAACCUGAGUUUACAAAAGCCGCGGAGAACUUUAAAGAUGACCCGAAAAUCGAAUUCGUGGCAGUCGAUUGUACGUCACACCAAUCUCUGUGUUCAGCCCAUGAAGUCACCGGUUAUCCGACGAUCAAGUACUUCAACUACCUCAUUAAGAACGUGAAAUCGUAUAAUGCCGGUCGUACGGCUAUGGAUUUCAUAAACUACAUAAAGGCACUAGACGUUACCGGCUCCACUCAAAUUAAACCUUCGGACGUCUGGGAGUUCAAUGAGACGAACAUCAAGCGAGAAAUUUCGUCGAAGUCGGCUGUCAUAGUUUUAUUUUACGCACCUUGGUGCAAGCCAUGCAUGGAAAUGAAACCGCACUAUCAGAGAAUAGCCACUGAUUUGAAAGCAGAAGGUUUUGAUUUGCAGUUGGCUAUGAUUGAUUGUGAUCUUAAUGGUGAAACCGCUCACGAUUAUGGAGUGUCUGUUUUUCCUACGUUUAAAUUGUUUAUAAAUGGAAAGUACGUCGCGGACUACGAGGGCGAGAACAACAAGGACGCAAUGAAAAAGUUUGUUUUGGCAGCGAGAAAUCGCAAGCAGGAGUUAUGAAAAGCAAACUCUCAUUUUAUAUGGCGUGGUUUAUAUUUUGAAAGUAAAUCUCAUUUUCUAAA